CACUGGCGCUGGCGCUGGCGCUGGCGCUGGCAAGCACUGGGGACUGCCCCUUGCCGGAGUUCCAGCGGCGGGGCGGGCCGUUCCGGGGUCCCGGGCGGGCGGAGGGCUACGAGGUCCCGUGGGUCCGCGCGGAGCUGCCGAUCUCCCGCGGUCCCACUCACCCCGCAGGAGACGGGAUUGUCGGCAAGGGCGCACCAGGGGGCUCCGAGGUCGUCGGGGAGGGGCGCCGGGCGCGCCCCGCCGCCGGCGCAGGCCCCAGCGGCGGCAUGUGCUCAGAGGCCGGGCCGACCAAGGACUGCUUCCGUCGGCCGCGCGAUCGCGCUCAGGUUGGAGCCCCAGGCGGCCGAUGGCAUGCUCGGGGAGUGCCAGAGCAGCACACGGGGAGCCGCCAGGGGCACCUCGGACGGCAAGGGUUCGAACGCGGAGCGCCGAGGGGCGCUGACAUGCCGGGCUCUGGGGCCUCUCUCGCAGGGAGCUCGGCGGAGAGCCCGGGGGCCUCUGGGGGCGUGGCAAGUGGGCCUUGGGUGACCAACCCCAGGCGCAACCCAGACCUCGCGGCGCUCGCCAACAACGAGCCCGGGCAUGCCCGGAGGCAGCAGGCGAAUCCCUGCCCCCGCGCGCUUUCGCCGCUGGGGAAGCGGGAGGAGGAAAGGCAGCAGGGCUACCCCAGGAUCCACGAGGAGGGCUGCCCCUCCGUCGGCGGGGAGGCCACGAUAGGGGAUGCCGCGCUAUUGGAGGCCACGUUGCGGGAGGCCGCGAUGCGAGUGGCCACGUUGCGGGAGGCCGCGAUAUACGAGAGGCCACGCUACGGAAGGGGCCAGCCUGAGGUUGGCCCCCUCGGCGUUGUCACGGGCGGGUGGCGGGGUUGCCGCGCCCUCCCCUCGCGGCCCCGUUGGAAGGGCGUCGAGCCACAGGGCCCCGCGUACCUCCCG